CCUGGGAAGUUGCUUGAACAUGCCUGUGGCGAACUUGCUUAUUAGGGCCCAGAGCAUGGACGUCGUUGGCCCCACGUGGAAUCAAUCGCGGGUCCUAAAAAACACUUUCUGAUACCAUCCAUUUCCUUUGCUAGGCGUCAAGGAGCAUGCUUCAGUCCCGAAUUUUGAACUUCCUUUCAACCAAAUCAUUAGGUGGUCGCCCCCCUCCUUCCCACCUUUGUCCCUGCUUCUUCUGCCUGCCGUAUUGGUUUUCCGUGUCCGUCCACGUCGAGAGCGAAGAGUUGAACAAUCCCUGUUCGAUUCGUCGCUAGGUCUGCGAUAGGCUGCGGCUGAAGCUCGUCAAGCUCAUCUGGAGUAUGGUGGUUGGGGGCAGUGAUCCACCGUGAAAGUCAUCGUGAGGGUCUAACGAGCUCUGGACAGCAUUUCCGCUGCCACCUGAAAGCGUGGAGCACUAUGCCACUUAUGAGGUGUAGAUGUUGGUACAAGCUGUCGUAUGCUUACGCAUGUUGCUGUUGGGGGGCAGUGGCACUGUGUCUUCCAAGUCUUCUUUUUUAAAUUCGCCUGAGGGUUCUACUGACAGCUUUCCAUGCCGUGUCAGAAAGCUAAGACGGUCAUGUUCCUGUGCCGCAAUGUUGCCUAUAUCGCCGAGCAGAGUUAAGGUAGUUACAGCAUAUGGGCUCAAUCUCGAACACAUCGUAUGCUUUGGGGGCCUCGAGCUGCAGGUCCGAGAGAACCUGGAUCGCCAGUUUGAGCGAGGAUCGGGGCUUGGUUUCUUCAAGCAAACAGUUCUGUUAUUCAGGGUGAGAGCUAACACACUCUUCUCGGCUUGUGGGCUCAUGCUACUCCAAUUGUCCUUGCUGGGACAGGUUUGGACCUCUGUAAGAUGAGGGAAGAGGAUCAAGAGAUGUCGUGAACCUGCCACUUACACGUCGCUGGCUAUCGGAAACGAUAAGCAGGCCAUCCCUGCUCAUGUCCCACCAUUUCCUGGUGGGCCCUGAUGAAUGCCAAGAGCGCACAGACACUGUGCCCGUCUGUCAGCUGUCUUUCUGGAAAGUGUCCA